AUGGAGGGAGAUUUGAUGCCUUUCUUGACAAUGGUUGUGGUUCAAUUGGGGUAUGCCGGCAUGAACAUUAUAUCGAAACUCGCUAUGGAUUCUGGAAUGAACCCUUUUGUUCAAGUCGCCUAUCGUCAGAUAUUUGCAACGGUCGCCAUAGCACCUUUUGCUUAUUUCGUCGAGAGGAAAACACGACCCAACAUGACAUUAUCAAUCUUUUUCCAGAUUUUCUUGUGCUCCAUUUUAGGAGUUACAGUGAACCAAAUCACUUACUUUGUGGGACUUAAAAAUUCAACCCCUACAAUUGCAUGUGCCUUGAGCAAUAUCAACCCUGCUGUCACAUUUAUCAUGGCUCUUCCUUUUGGAUUAGAAAAAUUGGGUUUAAAGAGCAAGGCAGGACAAGCCAAAGUAUUUGGCACAUUAGUAUGUGUUGGUGGAGCAAUCUUAGUGUCGUUUUACCAUGGGCCGAUAGUUAAUAUUGGGCAAUCCAGCAUUCAUUGGAAAUACGCAGAGACAACGACAUCUUCAGCAAGCCCAACGGCCCAUCUAAACUUCAUCUUGGGCCCAUUUCUUCUUCUCGUCAGCGCCAUUUCGUGGGCCGCUUGGCUAAUCAUCCAGACAAGAGUAAGCCAGAAGUACGGCUGCCCGUAUUCGAGCUCGGCACUGAUGUGCCUAAUGGCGAGCGUCCAAUGCGUCAUCGUUGCCUUUUGUUUUGACCACACGUUAUCCGCAUGGUCGCUCCGUUCCAGCAUUAGAAUUGUUUCUUCCAUUUACUCGGGAAUAGUGUGUUCUGCUCUGGCAUUUGGGCUCAUGUCAUGGUGUAUAGAAAGGAAAGGCCCACUUUAUGUAUCAAUGUUUAGUCCCUUGCUAUUAGUUAUUGUGGCUAUCCUCAGUUGGGCUUUGCUUAAUGAAAAGCUCUAUGCCGGAACACUUGUAGGGUCAAGUUUGAUUGUUUUGGGACUGUAUGGAGUUUUAUGGGGUAAGAAAAGGGAAAUGAUCAAUUUAAAGGAUGACAAUGGCAAUAUUCAAGAAUUAGGAGGUGAUCAUGAGAAAGGCAACCGAGGAGUCGAUGCUGAUUACGACUUAGAGUCGCUUUCGACAACCAAUGUUCACGGUCACGGCCAACACAAAACUGAGCAUUGA